CCUUCAUUAUGUCCCACCUCAAGUUCUACGCCUACGAUGGCGCCGGCAAGCAGAAACAGCGCGACUUUUCGUACAGCCAGGCCGUGCGCGUGGGGGAUCGGAUCGAAUGUGCAGGCCAAGGUAGAGACCACCAUCCUUCCCUCCGCUCAUGACAUUAACUCAGGGAAUACAGGUGGCUGGGAUCCCGAGACGGGCGAGUUCGAAAAGGAAAUCAACGCCCAGAUUGAUCUCGCGUUUGCCAAUGUGGAGCGCUGCUUGAAGGAUACCGGGGGCAAGGGCUGGUCACAGGUCUACCGCGUCAACUCGUACCACGUCCCCAUCAACAACGAGGCAUUGGCAGCCAUGGUCCGGAACUUUAGGAAGUACAUGCCUGACCACCAGCCCAUCUGGACUUGUGUUGGUGUGACCCGGCUGGGAGAGGAUGACAUGCGGGUGGAAAUUGAAGUCGUUGCUCAUGAUCCGACUGAGGCUUGAGUUUUUGGGAUAUUCUUUGAAAAAGGUUCAAUUAGGAGUUUUAGUG